AUGCGAAAGCAAUUUUGGCUAGUUGUGUCAUGCUAUAUUAUUACAAUUAUUUGUGAUGUAGCAUUUUGUAUAAGAUUUAUAGAAAAUGAGAAACCAAUUUUUGCUUUUAAAAAUAAGAAAGAGAAUAGAAAAGAGUUAAGUAAUAUAAAAGUAGGAAAAUGGGAGCAGAAAAAAAUUCAGCCAUUUUUUAUUAUAAAUAAAUUAAGGAGUAAAAAAUAUAAUAAUUUAAAAAAUCGGCUAAGUAUGGAACAAACAAAUGUAGAUGAUCAUAGGUUGUCGUUGUUAAAAAACUUAGAAGAUAAAUCGAAAAUAAUUACACAAUCACCUGAUUGGAAUGAAAAAAUGCCAUUACUCGAGAUAAAAGAUUUACAUGCAAUAGAAAUUGAAGGAGGAAAAGAAAUACUAAAAGGGAUUAACCUAACUAUAUAUUUAGGAGAAAAACAUGCAAUUAUGGGUCGUAAUGGGUCAGGUAAAUCAACACUUGCUAAAGUAAUAGCAGGACAUCCAUAUUUUAAAGUUACAAAAGGAUCUAUGAAAUUUAAAGGUUUAAAUUUAGAAGAUUUAGCUGUUAAUCAUAGAUCAUUGUGUGGUAUCUUCUUAGCUUUUCAAUACCCAGUUGAAUUACCUAUGGUAAAAAAUAAUGAGUUUUUAAGGGCUGCCUUAAAUUGCCAUCGAAGACAAAAUAAUGAACCCGAGUUAAGUCCAUCUGAAUUUGAUCUUUUAAUGAUUGAAGAAAUAAAAAAAGUUGGAUUAAGUCCUGAAUUUUUAGAUAGACCCGUUAAUUAUGGUUUUAGUGGUGGAGAAAAAAAAAGGAAUGAAAUUUUACAAAUGCUAGUUUUAAAACCAUCUUUUUGUAUUCUUGAUGAAACAGAUUCAGGACUUGAUGUUGAUUCAUUUAAAUUAACAUCCGAUGUAAUUCAAAAAUUUUCAAAUAUAAAUAAUUCUUUUUUAAUAGUUACACAUUAUAAAAAAUUAUUAGAAUUGCUAAAACCAAAUUAUAUUCAUAUUAUACAUCAAGGGAAAAUCAUAAAAACUGGAGAUUACACAUUAGUCGAUAAAAUAGAAUCCGAUGGAUAUGCACAAUUUCUCGACUAA